AUGAGCAGCUUAAGGCCUGAAUUGCAUGUUGCCCAACAACUUCGGCGCGACAAAUUGAGGAUCCAAAACAGUUCCCAACACUUGCAAGAGUUCCCUAGCAACCUAGAACAGUUAUCGUUACACCCAGGUUUCAACUUGGAUCUUCUUCAAGUGAGAAAUGUUCGAAAUGGCAACAUGCUUGACGAGGCCCUUUAUUCAUCGGAUAUGAUAACUUUUUCCACUGCUUCGAAUCCUUUAUCAACUCCCAGAAACCCAUUUGAGUGUCAAGAGCUUAUGAUGGCUCAGUAUGGUUCCACUUCGUUUCCUCAUUCAUCAUCCCCUAAAGACCAACAAUGUGAACCACGCAACUUGGGUCCUAAUUGGAUGGUGAAUUAUAACGAAAGCAACCCCAACAACAGCAACACCUUCUCUUCUGUUCUUAAUAGCAAUGCUUCUGGCGAAAUGGCCAAUAGAGAAAUUCAGAAGCAGUUAGGUGAAAUGCAUUACCCUCCUUCCUCGUCUUCCUCACCUCCACUUUACCAUAAUGCUUUGCAGGACAUGGCUUAUGGCAUUUGGGGAGGUAGCAAUGGUGAGCCUGUGCUUCAUUAUCAAGCAAACAACGAGUUACGUUUUGGGGGUGCUAAUUUAUGGGCAAAUAGUAGCUCAAUGGGUUUCAAAAAGAUUAAUGAACAAGACACAAAUCCUCAUCAGGGUUUAUCACUGUCACUUUCAUCAAAUUCACAAUCCAAGCCUUGUUUUGAAGAAGGGUCUGCAUCAGACGACCCUACUCAAUAUUCAAAGUCUGUGAAAUCCUCCAUGAAGAUGAACGUGCUUUCAAACAACACGGCUUAUCGAAAUGUUGGCCCCCUCGGUCCCUUCACCGGUUACGCCACAAUUUUGAAAAGUUCGAGGUUCUUAAAGCCGUGCCAACAGCUGUUAGAUGAGUGGUGCUGUCAAUAUGGUUCAAAGUCUGCGAAGGGAGGGGGUUGUGACGUUCCAGAGUGGGUCUCUCGAGAUGUCAGUGCUGCCUCUACUUCUGCAGCUGCAGCUGCUGGUGAUACUCUAAAUGUUGAUGUAAGUGGGGGUGCUGCAAAAGUUGAUCGCAGUUCGGGUGCUUCAUCCUCUGUGUUGUAUAGUUCAAAUGAAAAUGCUAAUACUAAUAGCGCUGAUGGCGGAGCCGCGAGUAGCUUUUGUCUUUCUUCUCGGCCAGAGUGCCAAAAGAACAAGGCAAAACUACUGUACAUGCAAGAGGAGGUUACUAGGAGAUACAAGCAAUACCAUCAACAAAUGCAAAUGGUUGUUCAAUCGUUCGAGUCAGUAGCGGGUCUUAGUUCUGCUACCCCUUAUGUCUCCUUGGCUCUCAAGUCAGUAUCAAAACACUUCAGGUGCUUAAAAAAUGCUAUUUCAGAUCAACUGAAGUUUACAUGUGAAGUAUUGGGAGAGGACUUUUCCAUGCCAACCACAACUAAUAGUAGUAAAAUUGACAAUAAUACGGCAAGGCUAAGGUGCAUGGACCAAAGUUUUCAAAAAAACAAGACCGUGGGGGCUAACAUAAACUUCCUUGAGCCCCAACAACACGUAUGGAGGCCCCAGAGAGGCUUACCAGAACGAUCAGUGGCAAUUCUUAAAGCUUGGCUAUUUGAGCAUUUUCUUCAUCCGUACCCCACGGACACUGAUAAACACAUGUUGGCUACCCAAACAGGCCUUUCAAGAAACCAGGUAUCAAAUUGGUUCAUAAAUGCUCGUGUGCGUGUUUGGAAGCCAAUGGUUGAGGAAAUACACAUGCUCGAAACAAAGGGUGCAACAGAACCCCACAAAGCUUCUAGUAAAAAUGACCAGGUUGCUUCUGCAUCCGAAGGUAGCAACCAGCCCAAAUCAGAUCACCAACAUGUGAGCAGGUUUGGCACGCAUGCAUCAUCACAUGCAAUCCCCGAGAAGCAUUUUCAGUGUUUGGAAAUGGGGUCAACAUCCUCAGCAGGCAACGAGGAACACAUUGGAAUGGAUGAAGACCAAUGGAAUCAAGAAAAGAGGUCAAAACUGGAAUGUCAGAUUGCUACCACGCCAAACAUGGAUGGGACAGUGAUGGGGUUUAUGCCAUACAGAAGAGGUGGACUUGAGGUUGGUGGUCUUGGAUCCGUGUCACUCACUUUGGGUCUUAGGCAUGAUGUUGAAGGUGUACAGCAGCGACAAGAGGAGGAGCUUAGGCGUCAAUUCGGAGGGCACAUGAUCCACGACUUUGUGGGCUAG